CAAGGUUCGGUUGAACGUGCAAACCAGGAUAUUCAAAAUAUGCUAAGUUCUUGGUUGGAAAGCAAUCACACCAGUAAAUGGUCCGAAGGGUUACGUUUUGUGCAACUUAUGAAAAAUAGAGCAUUUCAUGAAGGCAUCAAGUGUUCUCCUUAUGAAACAAUGUUUGGGACGCCUGCAAAAUUUGGUUUGAAAACGUCUUCGUUCCCGAAUGACUCUAUCAAACAUCUUAGAACUGAAGAAGAGCUUCAGGCAUUAAUAGAGACAGUUAAUAAUGUCUCUGAAAACACCAAUAGCGAAAUAGAAAAUGUUUCUAAUAUGGACAAUAGCGAUCUAUCUCAAAAUGAACCUCCAUCUGAAGUUCAUUUUAAGACUCAGAAAGAGAAUGAAGCAGCGGUCGCUCUAACCCAAACAGAUAUUUUAUGCAGCCAAGAGCAAGUAAGAAAACAUAGAAUGAGUGCUAAAGAAGGUUUAGAAUUACAAGCAAAGAAAAUGUUGAAGGUUUCAAAUCUUAAAUUUCCUGCUGGUAAAGUUGGUGAUACAGUGAAACUACGAAUACCAGACGUUGACAGAGCAAGAAGUGAUCCCCCGAAAUUUAUUGGCGGUGAUAUUAGAAGUUCAAAAUGAAGAGUUUUAUUCGUUAGGAACGACACAAGGAAUACUUUCACAGUUGUAUACCAGAAAUCAAUUCACAAUUUGUGAAGAAAAAUUUAUUUUGCUUGACAAUGUUCCAGAUCUAGCAAUAUCACUUCGAGAAUGCGUUAAAAAGACAUCUCUAUCUGGAGGCCAGGGAUAUCAGCGAUGUGUUUGUAAGGGACAAUGCGAGUCUGAGAAGUUCAAAUGU